GCGAGAGAGGUUUUGCAGAGGCUCUACUACUUCGGGCUUACGGGACACGGAUACCGAAUGUCGGCCAGUAUUUUGUCCCAAUCGCUGUUUUUGAAACUUAACUCUGAGGAAACUUUAAGGAACUACCGCAAAAGAGAAAAAGACCCCGACGGACAGACAUAGGGGGAUCGGAAAAAGUGUUGGAUCGCGGAUCGUCUCCAUCUGUAUCUGAGAUUUGUGUGCGUCCGAGAAAGAAAAGGGGGGCUCUAUUGGAAAUUCUCUAACCCCCAGCGGGACGCUCACAGUCGUCUUCUCCAAAGUCCCUCCAAGGAAGCCUGAGUUUGCUGGGAUCAAAUUAAGGCCACCGACUGAUGCCGUUUCAACUUUCCAUGAGAGGGCUUGAAGGUGCUAUCCCAGGGUUCUGAGCGCCAAUGCCAGUGGACAUGCUGCCGCACCAGGGGCUGUUUCAGUAUGAGCCCACACCCAGCCACCCAUCCAGAGGCCUGACCCCUUCCGCAAGUUCGGCGUAUAUUGAUGCCUCUUCGCUCCGCCCCCGACCCCCAAACGGCCAAUCCCCCGACGGCAGAGCCAUGUACAACCCCCUGACCCCCAACAUGACCCCCGGCCCCUGCAUGGACCCUUACAUGCGGCCCCCCCACGGCGGCCAUCCCCCGCACGGCAUGCUGGGACAUCGGGGUCUGCCCCCGGCCGAGGCAGGGGGUCAUGGCUCCGCCUACUGCAGCCAGAACAGCCUGAUGUCAUCGCAGCACUUCCCCAUGGGCCCGCCCAGCAUGGAUCACACUGCAGUAGGAGACGGUUCGCGGUUCUCCACCCCCCGCUCCAUGCUGAAGCUGAGUAAGAAGCGGGCUCUGUCCAUCUCCCCGCUCUCCGACGCCAGCGUGGACCUGCAGACAGUCAUACGCACCUCCCCCAACUCCCUGGUGGCCUUCGCCAACUCCCGCUGCGGACCCAACAGCGCCGGCUCCUACGGGCACCUGUCUGUCAGCGGCAUGAGCCCCUCAAUGGGAUACUCCAGCUACCAGUCCAGGCCCCAGGGCAACAUGUACGGUGCUGGGACACCCCUGGUACACCCCCCUGGACCCUGCCAACCGCCCCGCAUGCUGUCCCACAACCCCCGGCUCCACGUCCCUCCCAAACACUGCCAUCAGAUGAAGACAGAGCCGGUCCUGGGCAGCGUGAUGGAUGCUCUGGCCGUUAAGGGUUUGGAGGACAGGUCAGAGGGGGACGUGGCCAGCCCCUCCUCCACUGGGACACAGGAUCCUCUCUUGGGGCUGCUGGAGGGGAGAGAGGACCUGGACAAAGAGGACGGGAAACCGGAGCCAGAGGCCAUCUACGAGACCAAUUGCCACUGGGAGAACUGCAGCAAGGAGUUUGACACACAGGAACACCUCGUGCAUCACAUCAACAACGAGCACAUCCACGGGGAGAAGAAGGAGUUUGUGUGCCACUGGCAGGACUGCUCGCGGGAGCAGCGCCCCUUCAAGGCGCAGUACAUGCUGGUGGUGCACAUGCGCCGCCACACCGGCGAGAAGCCGCACAAGUGCACUUUUGAAGGCUGUAACAAGGCGUACUCUCGGCUGGAGAACCUGAAGACUCACCUGCGCUCCCACACCGGGGAGAAGCCCUACGUCUGCGAGCACGAGGGCUGCAACAAGGCCUUCUCCAACGCCUCCGACCGCGCCAAGCACCAGAACCGCACACACUCCAACGAGAAACCCUACGUGUGUAAGAUCCCGGGCUGCACCAAGCGCUACACGGACCCCAGCUCCCUGCGCAAGCACGUGAAAACCGUGCACGGGCCUGAGGCACACAUCACCAAGAAGCACCGCGGCGACGCCGGGCCCCGCCCCCCCGGCUCACUGCUGCCCCCGCCAGGGCAGGGCCUGGAACUGCUCCCGGAGAAGGAGGAGAGCCGCCGAGAGGACUGCAAACUGCUGGCGCCAGAGAGCAGCCUGAAAUCCCAGCCCAGCCCUGGCGGCCAGUCUUCCUGCAGUAGCGAACGCUCGCCACUGGGGAGCGCUAACAACAACGACAGUGGGGUGGAGAUGAACGCCAAUGCGGCGGGCAGCCUGGAGGAUCUGACGGCGCUGGAGGACGGGGGUGGGGCGGGCGGGGGCGAGGGCGGGGCUCUGGCAUUGGGCGUGUCUGCUCAGGCCCUGAAGAGGCUGGAGAACCUCAAGAUCGACAAGCUGAAGCAGGUCCGCCGGCCCACGCCGCCCGGUCGCCCCGUCGCCAUGGGCAACAGCAAACUGCCAGCGCUAACAGCUCCAGGAGAUGUACUGGGCAUGUGCGCGCCCUCCCCUGUGCUGUCCAACCGCCGUGUGCUGGAGCUGUCCAAUCUGGAGCUGGGGGGCGGCUCGGGGGGCGUGGCCUGCUCCGGCCCCAACGACCGGCGGGGCAGCAGCACCAGCAGCCUCAGCUCCGCCUACACUGUGAGCCGCCGGUCCUCCAUGGUCUCCUCCUACCUGUCCAGCCGCCGUUCCAGCGAGGUGUCCCAAGUUGGGGGAGUGGGGGGCCACCCCCAGAACAUUCCAGGCCAGGAUCCCGCGGGACACCCCCUCUCCCCAGAGAGCGGCCGCCUGCCGGGCCUCCCCAGCCUGACACCGGCCCAGCAGUACAGCCUGAAGGCCAAAUACGCGGCCGCCACCGGGGGGCCCCCUCCCACACCCCUGCCCAACAUGGAGUCCCAGGGGACUCCCCGGCGGAUGGGAGGGGGGUUCCCCAGCGAGUACCAGCCGCUGCCCCCCCCGUUCCAGCUCCAGGGCGGCUCAGCCCGCCGCCACAGCGCCAACACCGAGUACGGGACAGGGGUCCUGUACCCCCACCAGGCGCCCGGGAACGGAGUCCGGCGGGCCAGCGACCCCGCGGCGCGCUCAGGGGCGGAGCCUCAGCCGCUUCCCAGGGUGCAGCGCUUCGGGAGCCUGGGGAACGUGGCGCUGCAGGCGGGGGGAGGGCGGCGGAACGCGCUGGCGCACUGCGGUUCUGACUCCGUCCUGGCCGCGGGCCGCCACGCCUACCCGCCACGCCCUCCCAGCAUCACCGAGAACGUGGCGAUGGAGGCCGCUGGGGCGGAGCCUGGCGGGGGGGACAGCCUCAUGAUGGCGCCACCCGGCGGUCACAGGGGGUACGGCAGGUUCCAGAACCAACACACCCACCCUGCCCACCACCAGGGGGCGCCCUCCCAGCUCUCCCCGGCCCACGACCGGCUGGGCUACCCCGAGCAGGCCUACUUCGGCGGGGACAUAGGGGCGGAAGAGGGCAUGUCGUCGGGCACCAGCCUGCUCCAGCAGGCCGAAUACGGCAUGAGCGCCUGUCAGCUCAGCCCCUCCGGCCCCCAGUACCCCUCGACCCUCGGGCAAGUGGCCGGGGAGGCUGGGGUGGGGCUGGGGCCCUGGGGAGGACACGUCCAGAUGCAGCCCAUGGCCACGGGGCCACAGGACGGGGUGCAUUACCCGAGCCAGCAGGGCCUGUUCCCAGGGAACCCCCAGAAGCUGGUCAUAAAGCCAGAGCAGCAGUACCACCCAGCCCUGGGGGCUCCCAACCAGUGCCAGAACAUGAAGCAGCACCUGACUCUGCCUGGAUACGGCCAGCAACCCAUGCCCCGCCCCGCCAACUCCAGCUGUGACUUCCAGGGCCAGGGUCGGAUGGAGGCCCAGCAGCACAGCUCCUUCCAGGGCCAGGGCCGGAUGGAGGCCCAGCAGCACAGCUCCUUCCAGGGCCAGGGUCGGAUGGAGACCCAACAGCACAGCUCCUUCCAGGGCCAGGGCCAGGGUCGGAUGGAGGCCCAACAGCACAGCUUGUUCCAGGGCCAGGGUCAGAUGGAGGCCCAGCAACACAGCUCCUUCCAGGGCCAGGGCCAGGGUCAGAUGGAGCCCCAGCAGCAGAGCUUGUUCCAGGGCUGUGAUGGGCGCAGGUCCCACACACCCAUGAUGCAGGUGAAGGAGAUGAUGGUGCGCAACUACGUGCAGUCCCAGCAGGCCCUCCUGUGGGAGCAGCAGCAGAGGGGACCGCUCGACGGGGGCAUGGGCGGGAAGGUGGGUGGGGCUCAGGGCCAGGAGAUGAGCAGGCAGGGUUCCGCCAUGCAGCAACAGCAAGAGGACAGCCCCCAUCACCACCAGCACCACCAGCAGCAUCACCACCAGCACCACCCAUCCCAGAAUCUCUACAGCGGGGGGAAUGGCUACCAGGGCUACCCCGCCCAAAACCUCAUGAGCCCGCCUGCGGGGCAGCCCAAAGACCAGCUCAUGGGCCUGCCAGGGUCCUGCUACGACCUGGACAUGGUGGUCCCCAGACCCCCGCAGGGCCGAAAGCCCCCAAGCCGCCAGAACAGCCUGUCCCAGCAGCAGGGCGGGGGGUACCUGUCCAGCCCCCCCCACGUCAGCCCGAGCCACUCCUCCACCAGCCCCCGCAGAGGCGUGCGCCUGCCCCCCGUCCCACAGCAGCCGCUGCAGCCACACCCGGACGCCAUGCCGGACCCCAAUGCCGCCAUGUUCUACUCAGGCCAGAUCCACAUGCACCCGGACCUGGACAAGCAGCUCCACCACCAGGGGACCGGUCCCUGCCUCAACCACAUGGGGGUGCUGGAGGGCAAGUCGGCCUCGCUGGCCUACCCACCUGACCCCACCCCCAUUGCCAAUGCUCUGGACAACCUGGACCUGGACAGCGCUCAGAUCGACUUUGCCGCCAUCGUGGACGACCCCGAGGACUCCUCCCCCUUCGGGCCCCUGCAGGGGGGCCCACAGCACCCCUCCUCCUCCCAGACCUCCUCCCGCCUCACCACACCCCAGACCUCCCUCUCCCUCCCCCCGGGGGGUCUCUCCAACAUGGCUGUCGGAGAUAUGACCUCCAUGCUCACUUCCCUGGCAGGAGAAAACAAGUAUCUCAACACGCUCUCCUAGAAGAGGACUGUCUAUUAGCAGAUAGGUUUUUUUAUGAAGCCAGAUAUGGACGGAGUUCCAUAUGCUAUCACCCGUCAUUGUGUUUCUAUCAUGGAGAAGACAAGCUUUUGAUUGGUUCACCCUCGUGAUUGACUGGUCAUUGUGGCUCCAUUCAUUAUUGUAUGAAUGAAUCCUCACUCUCCCAUCACGAGUGACACCAGCAACCCCCGCCCCCUUCUGUCUCAUCCAAUCAGGACAGACAGACAGACUGACAGACAGACAGGAGUUUUAAAAACCUGAUGCCUUCUCAGCCAAACCAAAGGGUGCCUCUGGAACAUUUUCUUACACUGGGGGGGGGGGGGGGGGGUCAGACAGUGUUUGUCAGUAGCAUUCCCCCAACAGAACAGUUUUCCCUGCUUGGAUUUCUGGGAUACACCUGUUACCUGCAGAACGAACGCACCAUGGCAACAGUGGUACUGAAAGUUUACAUUAGAUGUAAAUAAGGCCAAGGCUUAUAUAUGCUGUGUAUAUGGUGAUACUGACUGAGAAGAGAGUAGCUGCUUGGUGAGUUACAUGUACUGUGUGUCUGAAGGGCUACUGGACUUUCAAACGGCUCACAGCCUAACAAAAGAACCACAAAGGAUUUGGUGAGGAGCGGGCUGUGAGCCCAAAAGCUGCAGAACCAGAACCAGAAUUUUUUACUCUCUUACAUAACCCAAGGGCGUAAUCCUGACGGAAACAUACUGAACAGCACAGUGUUUUUAUUUUAGAUAGAGCUACGCUGGACUUUGAAUGUUUGAAAUCCCGAGCUAUAAGCAAAAGGGUAUGUUCUACAGCCAAGGAGGGGGUUCCUCGUUCCCCGUUCCCCGCUCCCCAUUAAGUGCCUUUCCCUGGGGGGGGUGCCGUUUGCGGCCCCCGUCCUGAACGGCCGCAGACGCUGCAGGUAGGGGGCGGGGCCAAAGGACCCGAGGGAGUUUGAUGGACAGCGGUACAGAACCAGGCCCGUUUCCCACUCUGGUUAAAGACGGCAGUAUUUCCUGUGCUCGAUCGACUUUGUCCUCAACAAAAACAUGCAGCCUACAGUGCAAGGGACAGUUUGUACUGAACAUUGCAGUAGUAUUAAGACUCUUCAGUCGUUCAGAAGGUAUAAAAUCUCCUGGUGUGGAGGUGCUGUCUGUUUGGUACCAGCGCAGGGCUGCACAAAGAGGGCCUGCUUGUGGGUUCCCUGGCUGUUUCGGCUCUUUAUAGUUUUGUUAGCCCAAUCGUUCAUUGGAUCAUACAUUUCCUCUGAAGCCCUGGGCGCCAGAAUUCAUACGUGUCCGAUGUAGGACCGAUCUGAACGCCGCUUCAAAAAUUAAACCAAAUGUUUUUGGUUGGAAGAAAAUCCGUGACCAGAGCUGCUGUGCCCUGCUGGAAUGACUCGAGGAAGCUGGUGGCCCCAAGGUCCCGCUCUGCUCCAGGGUCUCUGGGGCCGGUGGCCUGUAGGUCCCGCUCUGCUCCAGGGUCUCUGGGGCCGGUGGCCUGAAGGUCCUGCUCUGCUCCAGGGUCUCUGGGGCCGGUGGCCUGAAGGUCGUGCCCUGCUCCAGGGUCUCUGGGGCCGGUGGCCUGAAGGUCCCGCUCUGCUCCAGGGUCUCUGGGGGCGGUGGCCUGAAGGUCGCGCUCCGCUCCAGGGUCUCUGGGGCCGGUGGCCUGAAGGUCGCGCUCCGCUCCAGGGUCUCUGGGGCCGGUGGCCUGAAGGUCGUGCCCUGCUCCAGGGUCUCUGGGGCCGGUGGCCUGAAGGUCCUGCUCUGCUCCAGGGUCUCUGGGGCCGGUGGCCUGAAGGUCGUGCCCUGCUCCAGGGUCUCUGGGGCCGGUGACCUGAAGGUCCUGCUCUGCUCCAGGGUCUCUGGGGCCGGUGGCCUGAAGGUCCUGCUCUGCUCCGCGGUCCCUGGGGCCAGUCCUGGAGAGUCAGGUCUCCACUCGCCAGCAGUGGCAGAGUGCAUUGUGGGCCUGUGGAGCACAGCAGCGGCGGGCUGUGACGGGCGGCCUUACAGGGGGGGACUCAGGCGUCGCUCCAGGAGGGGAGUGUUUCGGCUGGCUGGGGCGGCAGGGCCUCAGCACUCACUGGUGACCCCUGCUGGUCGACCGGGCGCCUGCCUGUUCAGCUGCACGCACAGUGCCUUCUCCUGUCUUCGUGAGCCCGACUGCAGCGGGAUAGGAAGAAGAGGCCGACAGAGCGCGCUUCGUCUCCACGAUAAGCGCCUGUCGCGGCUCGCAGCGCUGAUGAAUAUGAUCAGGCAUUACAAAUCGAGAGAGAAGAGGGGGAAAUGCGUGAAAAAAAGACAUGUGCAGGAAACUAGUGGAAAGUUGGGCCGCAGCCGGGCAGCUCACCCCUUCAGUUUUUUUAUUGUCUUCAAUUAGUUCAAAACCCACCGUAAGCAGAAUGCAGCCCCUACCAUUAACUCUUUGAAGAGUUAGCAUUUUGGAAUGUCUUUCCAACAUUCUAAGUCAGUGUUCUAGAACUCUGCUGCAUUCAGUUGCCAGUAGCGAUUGUUACAUCAGCAUUAGAAUGUUCCGCUCAGAACAUUCUUAUCGCAUAUUUGUGAUGUCACACCUUAAAGGGCUGAAGACAAUGCCUCCAGACCCUCUCUGACAAUAACAGCCUGUAUCCCCGGCUGUUGCUCAUAUGUUUGUUUUUUUAUGUGAAUUGGGUAGGAGCUCAUCUGAUUCCCCUCAGUCUCCUAAGCUUGGCCAACCAAAGAUUAUUUGAAUUGACAAUAAAACAUAAGACAAAACGAUGCACAUAAAAUAUAAAUUUACAACAACAAAAAAAAAAA